AGAUCGCGUCACAAGUCGGCGACUGAACCUUGGCUGUGGUGGCUGAGGCGGCGAAGGCGGCGGCGGCGGCAGCGGCAGCGGCGGCGACAGCUCUGGGGUUUGUGUCUCGGGGUGUGUCGGCCGCCGCUGCUGCUUAGGCUUGGUAUGUACAAAUGGCUGGUUAGGAUUCUCGGCACCAUUUUUCGCUUCUGUGACCGGCCGGUGCCCCCUGCCCGGACCCUCCUGAAGAGGCGGCGCUCGAACAGCACUUCAUUCUCUGCAGUGGACACUGAUGAAAUACCAGCCAAAAGACCAAGAUUAGAUUGCUUUAUACACCAAGUGAAAAACAGCCUCUACAAUGCAGCCAGCUUAUUUGGAUUCCCACUCAAGCUGACCACAAAGCCCAUGGUAACUUCUGCUUGUAACGGAACACGGAAUGCAGCCCCUUCAGGAGAGGUAUUUUCGAACUCUUCAUCUUGUGAACUGACAGGUUCCGGAUCCUGGAACAACAUGCUGAAACUGGGUAAUAAAUCUCCUAAUGGAAUAAGUGACUAUCCAAAGAUCAGAGUGACAGUAACUCGCGAUCAGCCUCGUAGAGUCCUGCCUUCCUUUAGUUUUACUUUGAACUCAGAAGGCUAUAAUAGAAGACCAGGUGGCCGCCGCCAUAGCAGAGGCAAUCCAGAGAGUUCUUUAAUGUGGAAACCUCAGGAACAGGUUUCAGCAGAGAUGAUUACUGAAGAAGGCGGCAAGGGUCUGAGGCGUCCCCAUUGUACUGUGGAGGAGGGUGUUCAAAAAGAGGAAAGAGAGAAGUACCGAAAGUUACUGGAACGACUUAAGGAAGGUGUUCAUGGAAACCCUGUUCCUCCUAUAACGUCACCCCAUCAUAGUUCUCAAAGAUGUCACAUGGAUACAUUAAAGACCAAAGGCUGGGGGGAAGAUCAGAGUCAUGGAAUCAGAACAACUCAGUUUGUUCCAAAACAAUAUAGAAUUGUUGAAACAAGGGGGCCUCUAUGUCCAAUAAGGAGUGAAAAGAGGUGUUCAAAGGGGAAGAUUUUGGAUACAGAGAAGACAGUUGGAAUCAGACUUGAAAAUGAAGGUCGGCGAGGACACCAGCUGGAACCUGACCUAUCCGAAGAAGUGUCUGCCCGACUCCGCCUGGGCAGUGGAAGCAAUGGCUUAUUCAGGAGGAAAAUGUCAAUACUUGAGACAAAAGAAAAAAACUGCUCAAGCAAAGAGAGGGAUAAAAAAACGGAUGAUCUUCUUGAACUUACCGAGGACAUGGAAAAGGAAAUCAGUAAUGCGUUAGGUCAUGGCCCACAGGAUGAGAUCCUAAGUAGUGCUUUCAAAUUGCGAAUCACUCGAGGAGAUAUCCAGACCUUGAGGAACUAUCACUGGCUCAAUGAUGAAGUCAUUAAUUUUUAUAUGAAUCUUCUGGUGGAAAGAAAUAAAAAACAAGGCUAUCCAGUACUUCAUGCAUUCAGUACUUUCUUCUAUCCCAAAUUAAAGUCUGGAGGUUACCAAGCAGUGAAAAGAUGGACCAAAGGGGUCAAUCUCUUUGAACAGGAACUAAUUCUGGUGCCUAUUCAUCGGAAGGUACAUUGGAGCCUGGUGGUGAUAGACCUAAGAAAAAAGUGUCUUAAAUAUCUGGAUUCCAUGGGACAGAAGGGCAACAGGAUCUGUGAGAUUCUCCUUCAGUAUUUACAGGAUGAAAGUAAGACCAAAAGAAAUAUUGAUCUGAAUCUUUCAGAGUGGACGGACUAUAGCAUGAAGCCACAUGAGAUUCCUCAACAGUUGAAUGGGAGUGAUUGUGGAAUGUUUACUUGUAAAUAUGCAGAUUAUAUGUCUAGGGACAAACCUAUCACAUUUACUCAGCACCAGAUGCCUCUCUUCCGGAAGAAGAUGGUGUGGGAAAUCCUUCAUCAGCAGUUGCUGUGAGAACGCCCUACUCAGUCCCUUAGCUGCUGGUGGUUCUUUCACGGAGGGACAUUUUCAUAUACCUCAUGCAUUGUGGGUUAAAAAGUCCCUGCAUCGCCUGUUGUGACAGGUGCUGAGCUGUCAGACAAGCAUGGAGGCCCUGCACCCUAGCGCCCUGACUUGGUAUGCGGAGGGCUGCUUGCAACCCUGUUUGAAAAGAUAUGCCUGCUCAGAGCCCCGGACUCUUCAACCCACACAGGAACAAACGCUAAUUAAUACUUUAUUUUAAAUAUUUUUUCCCCUGUGAAUGUGUAAAAUGCAGGAUUUAUUCUAUGAGUUGUUUUUUUCUGUGUUUGUUCACGUGUAUUCAUUCUCUCACUCAUUUGCAAACAUAAUGGGCAGUGGCUGUUUCUGCUGCUCUUUUACAGUUAACUCUGAAUUACUUGUUUGAACUAUUUAUUUCUGAAAAGAAUGUUAAUCAAGCUGCCACUCCCUGCUGAAGAUGUGGUGGGAACUCAGUGGGGGGAGGAAGGAAGGAAGGAAGAAAGUGUUAAUUAACUUCUCUAACGCUGGAGCAGUAACUGCCAACUUGAAGCUGGAGGUCUUUUUUAGAGGCUUGAAAAUGCUGGGAGAAGCGCCGUGGUGUAGGGCUCUGAUUGCUUUUCAGAGGAAGCCUGCGACGCGGCAUUGGCACUGUGUGGUGGAAAAGCGGAACUGUGGCCAAGGAACUCUGACUAUCCAGGCAUCUUCAGAAGAGUGUCGUGGUCAUCCUAAAGAGACUUUCCUUUCUGGAAAUGAGGUGACUGCUACUCUCGAAACUGGAUUUGAAGUAACUGUAAACCCUAAAUUUUCAUUUUCAUCCCAGAUCUGGUUGAGUAUAAACCUCAGAAUUGUAAGGGCUGGCCUGAGCUGUUUAUUUCAAAAGAUGCUAUUCAAUUUAAAGCUAUUUUUCCUCAAAGGUUUUUUUUUUUCUAUAUAGAAAGCUAAAAUUAAGUUUUGUACUUAUUAGGAUUUAAAUUCCCCACCCCCUCCAUUCCACCCCUACUGAAAUUUGUGGAAAAAAAUUUAGUACUUGGCUCUGAGGUUACCAGAUAUACAAUAAUCUAUUUUGCAUAUGAAAGUUUGUAUUUAACUUUUUUGUUCAUUAAAAACUUUACAGUGGUUAUGCAUUUUUAAUUUCAGAAAGCUUAGAGUUCGUCAGAACAUAUUUUGCAAGAUCUAGUGCCUAGUGUUGCUUUUCCGAUGUAAUAAAAGGUUGCCUGGCAGAACCUGAAAAGUAUAUGCUGAAAUGAUUUCUAACCCUUUCCCGAACUAAGCUCCUGAACUUGUCCUGCCUGGUAUACAAAAGCAAGAGGUAGAACCAGAAAAAUUGGGCAUGUGUUAGCUAUGUAUCAACAUGUCUGCCAUCUGGAGGGCCCCAGGCUGCUGGCCACAGAGGCGUGCUGUGGCAGCCAGUUUUCCCUGAGACAUGUCUUGGUGUGGGACCUGGGGCCUGUGAUGCAGAUUGAAACUGCUGUCCCUGUUUGAUGGCCAAACCAGAGGACACGUGCUUAGGUGAUGAUUAAAGAAUGAGUCAGUUGUGCUACAUCUCCCUCAAGCUUAGGCUGCCCAGAGAACCCUUCCUGCAGCUUCCGUGCAUUUCCCGAGGCUACUGGAGUGGGGCCAGUGAGUACUGGGACCAGGCAACCAAAAGAGAUUUACUGGGUCGGCAAUUAUACCAAAAACCUGGUUCCCACUGGCCACUAGUAGGUUUCACCUGAGAAUGUAGUACCUUGGUUAACAUUUGUUCCAUUUGGGGUAAAUUCUGUCGGGAAUGGCAGAUUGUAUUCUGCCCAUAUGAGUGAGGCUGGGGGUUCAUGUAUUUGUAUUACAUUUGAGGGGCUUCAUAGAGCAGCUUCCACUGAGCAUUCCCUUAAUGUGUACUCUUAAGGAUAGCUCUUUAAAAAAAAAAAUUUUUUUUUUCUUUAUUUAUUUUUAGAGAGAAGGGGAGGGAGAGAGAAAGAAAGGGAAACAUCAAUGUGUGGCUGCCUCUCCUGUGCUCCCUCCUGGGAACCUGGCCUGCAACCCAGGCCUGUGCCCUGACUGGGAAUCCAACCAGUGACCCUUUGGUUUGUAGGCCGGCAAUCAGUCCACUGAGACACACCAGUCAGGGCCAGGAUAACUCAAUAAUCUUCCAGGACGUGAUGAAAUUGAUAAAAACAGAGUUAAGUUAGAAGUGGCAUUCUACUUAACCCUGAGUCCCUGAGUUUGUUUAGGCCAUGCUUCUCUAGGCACUGGCAGACAUGUGUCUCUUGGUGCAGAGAAACUUGUUGGUAAUAGAAUUUUUAUAUCUAAACAGUUUAUGAGAAAAGCAGUCACAUGAUUAAAAACAGGUGUUGAUUUUAUCAAUAUUAUGUAUCAAUAUAUAGCAUUAUUGAAAUUAUCAACAUUAAAGCCCGUGAAACAUAUAUACAGGGUCCAGCACAAAUAACGCCCCUUUUUUUAUUACAAAGCAUGUAAUUCUGUAAUGUAACAGUAUCACACUCAAGCAUAUGAUAUGACAUUUUAGGAGAAAUGUUCAAAAUAAAACUAUAAAUUUUUAUACCCAUAUUAUUACCCUACCAACCACACUCAAGCAGGCCUUACUUCUGCCAGACCCUGUAUAUUAUAGUAGUUUGGGGGUGGGGGUCUGAAAAAAGGUGGCGUGAACCAUUGUUCUUUUUUAGUAGGCAGUCUCUCCUAAAGAUUGAUUAAAAUGGAGAAAAGAAACCAUUGGUGAACAAAUGUCUUUUGUGUGUUUGACCUUGUACCAGAGUUGGGAUGCGGGUGGGAGGGAAACAGACGCGGGGCAUGUGGAAGAUGUUCUGGAGAGCCCUGUAUUCUACCUCAGUUACCGAAGGCUGUUAGAACUUCUGAUCUUUCCUCCUCUGAGACCUGAAGCACCGCGCGGGGACUGCCCUGGCAGAUGGUGGGAGCCUGCUGCACUGUGAGGCGUUGCUUGGUGCUGGGACCAAGGUGUGGGUGUGGGGAGAAUGUGUCCUUGAGAUACGCUGAAGCUUGAUAAGAAUAAAGUAGAGAAAUUUAAUAACCUUAGUACUGUAGUUCAGCCACAUUGUUUAAAUUGGCUUUUGUGAACCAAUUGGCAGACUAAUUUCUUUAUGAUAGUUUCUUUGAGAAAACCUCUAAGGACCUGGUAAACAAACGUUUGGUACUUGUUUGUAAGUUGGGGAUCGAGCUGGCUGUAUUACUUUGAUUUUUUUUUUCUUUAAAUUUACCUAAUAUAUACAAGGAAAGGGUUUGGGUG